CUUUACUGUAAGGUGGUGCUGUGCGUCACAUGAUAAAGCAUCAUGGCGAUGAAUGUUGGAGAUCGUUGGCUCUUAACCUAUAAUGCAUGUGAAGAUAGAGCUCGAGAUGUCAUGGAAAAGAUUAUCAAACGUAAUCAUUUACAGCAAAAUACAUCAGGAUACAUUCAGUUGAAUGCACAAGCCAGACAAUCAAUGAAGCAAUUCAGUAAUGACUUAAAUACUUUAAAGGAAGAUCUGAAGAAAGCAUCUUCAUCAUAUUAUAUGUAUCCUUGUGUUUUGGGUGAUAUUUUUAUUUGUUUUUUUAACAUUAAAUACAGGAUGAGACUAGAUUAUGUGAUGGAAACAAAAAUAUUUCAAUUAGAAUCCUUUUGCUUUAGGACAGCAUUAUUAGGAGGACAGUUUACUCCAUCACCAGGAGUAGCUUUUGGAAUAGAAGAGACAAAUGAAACUAAAGAUUUAACUAUUGAGGAGAUAAAACAAAGUCAGCAACAAGUUCUUAGAGAACAGGAUAAAGGGCUUGAGGGAUUGUCCAGCAUAAUAGCCAGGCAGAAACAGAUGGCUCAUCAUAUUGGGGAUGAACUGGAUCUCCAUAAUGAAAUAAUCGAUGACAUCACUGACCAUACAGACACUACGCGGGAACGACUUUGUAAGGAGACAAGGCACGUUGCUAUUGUGGAUAGGAAAUCCAAUACCUGUGGGUACUGGGUUAUCAUUGUGAUCUUACUAAUUCCAAUUAUCGUGAUACCUUUUGUUUAAUAUGAUGUAAUGAGAAAGUGACAAGAUUGGGUGGUAAUUUUCCCCAGAAGUACAUACAGAUAUAUUUGAACGUGUAACAUAAUUAGGGACAACCCUAAUAAUUACUUAAAUAGGAAUAAAAGCAUUACUACAGAAACCGCUAAUGACUUAAAAUACAACAUGUGAAAUAUGGUCACAAUUAAUAAAUUAUUAGUGAUAAGUAAAAGGCUAUACAUGAAAACCAAAAAACAACUGCUUACAUUCCACUGCUAUAUGAAGCAUACUUUAUUUAUUUGCUUCAUUCUUCCAAGCAGCACUAAUGAGCUGUGAAUUCAGCAUAACUAGUCUAAUGAGGUUGGAGUACAAAUCAAAAAUAGAUUAGCCUCUCUCAUCUUUCCUUCAAUGAAAUUCAUCUUUCCUUGAAGGAAAGAUAUCCAUAAGAGAAGAGUAUUAUAGAAUAUGAACUGCUCACCAAUUUUGAAGAAACUGAUCUACUGAAGUUUUAAAUAAUUAGCGUUAAUUUUAACUUCAAUUUUCCUUUUUCUAUUGUCGUGUAGUCACUUUUUUUUUUUCAAAUUCUUUGAGUUUUAGUACCUAUAAUUUUCAAGGGAGGGAGCCAUAGGACGAUUGAAGCAAAUAAUUAUACAUAGAAAAAUUAUUUUCGUGGUGUCACACAUAUGCUUCUCUGUCGAAAUUUUUAUGUGUUUGAUAUUUAUUCAUUAUUAUAGAAAGUUUUAUUUUGCUUUUUAUAGAUGUAUGUGAAAAAAAUGAGCAUGUUAGUGAUUCUGUUAUCUGAUAAAUUGAUAAGGUGGCUCAUUGUUUUUUAAAUUACUCAUGAUAAAAAUGGAUAUAUUUGUAGUUUUUUUUAAAAAGUGAUUAUUAGUCCUUCCGUCUUUUCAAUAAUGUUAAAGUAAAAUAAAGAUAUUAUUCUUAUAAGCCGGUAGUUAUUUAAUAUACACUAGUAAUGCUCUGUCAUUUCGUGUAGGUGAAUACAUUUUAUAUUGAGUUUGAUAUACUUAAAUGGAAACACGAAAAAUUUCAAACAGAUUCUUCAAUCUGAAAUGUUUCCCGGUGGGUCAGCAGUAAGUUUACAUACCUACAACGCUAAAAUACGGCGUUUGAUAUCCUGCGAUGGACACGUCAGAUAGCCUAAUAUGGCUUUGCGAUAAAAAAAAAAUAGUCUGAAAUACUUCAUAACUUGCAGUAUUGUGAAUAAGUUAGUAAAAUACAUAUACAUUUUAGUCAAUGCAUAACUUAUCUCGCCAUGCAUUUAAAAUAUCUCGAGUUCGUACACUUUCAUUGUAUGGGACACUGAAGACCUUCGUUAAUCUUUCAAAGUAUUUAUUUUUAAACACAUUGAAUAUUCUUUAUGAAUUAUGUACAUAGUAAAUUGUAACUAGUGGUUGUAUUAUGGUGGUAACUAGUUUGAGAUGCGCACUUUUAUUACUUGUGUGUUGUAUAGCUAGAAUACUUUGACAAAUGUGAUGAAUGAUGUUGUUUAACCCACUUUUCAAGGUCAGAUUAGGCUAAAAGAGGAGUACUAUUAAACGUAAUAAUCUUAUGUUUAUAUUUCAACCUUCAAUAACUCUUAUACAUAACACGUUUAAAAAGGUUGUUCUAAAAUAACUUUAUAACGUGACAAAAAAAUGUAAACUUUUCUUGUAAAUAUGUGCGUAGCAAAUAACUGCAUAAAGUGCUUAAUGUCUGUCGUUCGUUCCUUAAUUUUGAUAAGAAGUUCUUAAAUGAAUUAACUUUAACACGAUUAAACUCUGAGCCCUGAUAGCACUUUUAACAUGAACAUUUUACCCUUUCUACCAUGUACCAUAUGAUAAUAAACAUUGUAUAACAGACAUAUUUUAAAAGAGUAAAAACAACAAAAAAAAACAAGGGGCGUGCACUAUGGCUGAUAUAAUUCAAUUCUGGUUUACUUGUAUGAUUUUUAAGGUUUAAAGUUAUACCUUCGACUCUCUUGCACACGAAGAAGUGUGGAUAAGAUUUCAACAUCGUGGAAGUGAAGUUUGGCUUAUGGUGUACAGAACAUACUUGUAUCUAUUUCUCUGAUAACGAAUAAUUAACAUUAAUAAAACGUAAUACACUAUUUUUCAUACAGUGUUUAAGCUUUUGGUAUACAAAUCGCACAUUUUUAUUUAUGAAUCUCCAUUUUACUUGAGACAGUUUACGGGAUUUAUGAGCAUUGUGUGUUACGAUGCAUUUCCAUGUUUCUAAGCCUAGAUGAUGUUACGUUUUAAGAGAUCAGAUUAAAUAAAAAUCUUUAUUUCGUCGGGAAUUCUGACACCCACUGUCACUGAAGGUUAAAAAAUAUUUACAGUAGUAUUUUCUUUGUACUUCUAAAUCAGGAGUCUCCAAACCUUUUGGGACAAGAGCCGGGAGGUAUAUCUUUUUAAGCUUCGCGGACCGGAGGGGUCGUGGUAAAAUUAAGUAGGGAUACAUUCAUGAUCACAUUGGCUUUUGCUCAAUAACUUUUUAUUUUUGUUUUUAUAAUAUUAAAAAAAUUGUAUUAUUACUUUAAAAAACUGUUGGCGGGCCAUAGUUUGGAGACCCCUGUUCUAAAUAAUUAGAUUUGACCAUUUAACAUACGUUUUCUUUUACUUAUGAUAUCAAAUGGCGACAGUUUGUAUGAAUUUAAAUAGGUUUCCAAGGGUAUAUGAAUGUAAUAAAUUGUUGAUUAAAAGGGAAUAAACUCAAUUAACCUAAAGUUAGGCUGAUCAUCCCCUCAUUUAUAUGGUGAUCUCCCUUCGUCAACAUUAUAAAUAUAAAUCAUGAAUUUUGGCUGUCAUUGCUUGAAGUAUGUAUUAGAUAUAAGUAUGCUUAAUUUGAUUGCGUCUUCAUAUUAGUUAUCAGAAAGUUAACAUUUUUCAUUGGGAAAACGUGUUUCAGCAUGUUUUGCACAUUGAAAUGGAUGACGCUACCAAAGACUUAAGAAACUAUGGUCAAGUUUUAGUACAACCGCAAUUUCUAACGUCUAUGAAUGCUACUCUCUUAAAAUAUUAUAUUCUGCGGCGCAGCCUGGCGACCAAAGUAUGUUCACCGUUGUGUUUCUCACUUUAUUGUUACAUUUGUAUUCCAUGUUCUAUGUGUACAAGCCUACGCAAUC